AUGACUACAUUAGUUUUUGAAUGCUGUCUUCGACCAUGGUUGGCACUAAAGGGUUACGAGAAAAAAGAGGGUAAUCAUACUUACCCAGUUUCACUAGAUGGUAUAAGCUUUGAAGAGGUAUUGACGGUGCACUUGAUUAACUAUAUACGAAAUUGCAACCAACCCAUGCAAAUCGACAAAUCAUUGAGCACAGGUUAUGAAGCGGUGGAGAGCUCUUUGUUGUAUGAAGAUGAUAAAGAAGGUCCAAUGAUUUCUUCGGAGCAGUUUUCUCAGAUCUAUUUUGAAAGACGUUGUGAUAAGGUAUCUAUUCCCAUACUGAAAGCCCUAGUUAAUGGCUGCUUGAUGAAUCUAGUUUUGUCCCAGCAAUUCAAAGAGCACAGAGCAUCCAUCUUACACAAGAGUCUUCCCCUCGUAUCAGAAGUCGAGCACAUUCUCAAAUCAAAAUUUGCAGUCACGUCAAUAUUUGCAACAACUCAGAAAAUGUUGACACCAAACUCACCAGCCAAUAAACUAAUCGAUGAAAUGCGGAAAAGAAGAGCCAUAUCAGAUACCAUUACGAUAGAGCAGUCAACAAAGUUCCAAUUUAACUUUUAUUCUGUUCCGACUCAAGUUGAAAGAGUGUACAAUUCAACAAAUCCGCGGUUGGAUCUUAGUGUUGAUGAUAUUACGCAACAGUUUGAAGAUGCAUCUUUUAUUGGAAUCCCGAAGCCGGAGUCGGGACGCAACGUGUUAAUAGAAAGUGAACCUACUUUGCAGGUAUUUGAGGAGGUGAACGCCUUGUCGGAGGAAAUAAUGUCGUCCACAAAUCUAGCGUUCACGAUUUUCAAGCUCCCCCACGAGGACUUGUUGUUGAGCUGGGAAACUAUAAUAUUGGGUGCAAAAUUCAAGCGAUCAAUUUUAAACUGUUGCAAAACCAUGUUGAACUCAACCAAGCUACACCUUAAGACAGGGAACUUUGUAAUCUUCGAAGGAAUGCCUGGUACUGGGAAAACAUCACUUGCUAAAGCGGUCUUUCAAAAAUUAUCUAUUGCAAAGCAGGGGAUCGGUAGAUAUGAACCCAGCGUUAUGAUGGAAUUUUCCACCGGCGAAAUAUUUUCAAAGUAUUUCGGCGAGUCACCAAAGAAGCUCCUGGCACUCCUUUUAUUUAUCGAACAGCUACUACUUCGACACCCAACGUCUAUAGUAUUUCUACUUGUGGAUGAGUUAGAAACGAUUGCUACAAGUAGAACAAGUUUAAUGGGCAAUAAUGAAGUCUCCGACGGCUUGAGAAUCGUCAAUAUUCUUAUCACAUAUUUGGAUCGCUUAAAAGUGUUUCCAAAUUUGGUGAUUAUUGCUACUACCAAUAUGUUAAGUAGCAUCGAUACGGCUGUGUUGGACAGGGCAGUUAGAAUUUUCAAAUUUGGAAGUCCCAGCUUCUCCGAAAUAGAACAAGUAUUAAGAACUAACCUCGAUACCAUUAACCCCGACAAAGGGGAUUUAUCGGAGCUGGAAAUUUCAUCCCUGUUGCAACAACUUGCCAACUUCUGUCACGUACGUAAACGUUUCUCCCGUUUGAAGUCCCUCGCCUUGUACUAA